CCCGUCCGGGCAGCGCCGCACCGAGCCGCGUCCCCGCACAGUGGCCAUGGAGUACACGCCGCCCCCCAAGCCGCAGCUCUCCUCCCGGGCCAACGCCUUCUCCAUCGCCGCCCUCAUGUCUAGCGGCAGCUCCAAGGACAAGGAGUCCCCCGAGAGCACCAUCAAGCCUCUGGAACAAUUCGUUGAGAAAUCCUCCUGCGCCCAGCCUUUGAGUGAUUUAUCCAGCCUGGACCCUCACGGGGAUUUUAGCAGCAGCCCUUCUUCCCUGUGCACCGAGCCCCUCAUCCCCACCACUCCCAUCAUCCCAAGCGAGGAGAUGGCUAAAAUCUCCUGCAGCCUGGAGACCAAAGAGCUCUGGGACAAGUUUCAUGAACUAGGUACUGAGAUGAUCAUCACCAAAUCCGGGAGGAGAAUGUUUCCUACGAUCAGGGUUUCCUUCUCGGGAGUGGAUCCUGAGGCCAAGUAUAUUGUGUUAAUGGAUAUAGUUCCUGUGGACAAUAAAAGAUACAGAUAUGCCUACCACAGGUCUUCCUGGUUAGUGGCUGGAAAAGCUGACCCUCCUCUCCCUGCGAGGUUGUAUGUGCACCCUGACUCUCCAUUCACAGGAGAGCAACUACUGAAGCAGAUGGUGUCCUUUGAAAAAGUCAAACUCACCAACAAUGAGCUGGAUCAGCAUGGACAUAUCAUUUUGAACUCCAUGCACAAGUACCAGCCAAGGGUGCACAUCAUUAAGAAGAAGGAUCACACAGCUUCUUUGCUAAAUCUGAAAUCAGAAGAGUUCAGAACAUUCAUCUUUCCAGAGACAGUUUUUACUGCUGUUACUGCCUACCAGAAUCAACUGAUAACCAAGUUGAAAAUUGACAGCAACCCUUUUGCUAAAGGAUUCCGUGACUCUUCCAGACUCACUGAUAUCGAGAGAGAAAGUGUGGAGAGCCUUAUCCAAAAGCAUUCCUAUGCUCGAUCCCCCAUUCGGACCUAUGGAGGAGAAGAUGAUCUUGGAGAUGACAGCCAGGCAACACAAAGCAGAGGGUCAGCCUUUACAACAUCUGAUAACCUGUCCCUCAGUUCCUGGGUUUCCUCUUCAACCAGUUUCCCAGGAUUUCAGCAUCCACAGUCUUUGAGUGCCCUGGGUACCAGCACUGCAUCCAUAGCCACACCCAUUCCUCAUCCGAUCCAAGGAUCUCUGCCUCCGUACAGCCGCCUGGGAAUGCCUCUUACACCCUCUGCUAUAGCCAGCUCCAUGCAAAGUAGCGGCCCCACUUUCCCAUCCUUCCACAUGCCAAGGUACCACCAUUAUUUUCAGCAGGGUCCUUAUGCAGCUAUCCAAGGACUGCGUCACUCUUCUGCAGUGAUGACACCGUUUGUAUGAGUGAUGUAAGACGAGAGGAACACAAGCUUUAAAAUGUGCAAGUGCGCUAUGAAAAAUACAAGGGACCUUCCUGAAAGGCCUGUGGCAGGAGUGCUGAACUCAUGACAAACCAGCUAAGAGAAUGCAUUGUGGAUAUAGAUUCCUCUUUUGAGGGAUCACAAGAAGAGAGCAUGCAGCUUGGAGCUGCUCACAGAUCUAUGUGUAACACAGCCAAAAUGGAUCCCAAAGUCCCCAGGAUCUUUUGUCACAUGCAGCUUGUUCCAAAGGUGCAUUAUACCUAAUGGAAAGAGAUUAUCUUUAAGUAGCAGUGUACAAACUAAUUGUCUAUAGGUCUUUUUUCAUAUGUUAGAUAAAUUCUAAAAAAGGCAAUACU